ACUGGAAUCCUGUUCGCUCUGUGUCAGUGCCUCCCCCCUUCUCUUAAAGCACGAGGGCGCCGUACGUGCUCCACACGCUUCUCACUUUCUCAGGUCUCUCUCUCAACUCCCGUCGCUCGACGAGCUGUCCGUGGCGGGCAGAGAGCGCGAGACACCGUACGGCCGGGAGCGAGGGCGGAGGAAGAGGAGGGAGGAGAGAGCGGGGUGCGAGAUGGCCGCGGCCGGGCUGGGCGUGAAGGCGGCGCCGUUCACGUACGCGGCGCACGCGCUGGCCGCGGCGGCGGCGGUGCUGGUGCUGGUGUGGUGCGUCCACUUCCGCGGCGGCCUCGCGCUCGAGGCCCAGAACAAGAACCUCAUCUUCAACGUUCACCCGGUGCUUAUGCUGAUUGGCUACAUUAUCCUAGGCAGUGAAGCCAUUAUGAUCUACAAGGUGUUCCCAAAAUUGAACCACGACACCGCCAAGUUGACGCAUCUGAUCCUCCACGCCAUCGCGACUGUCCUCGGCGCCUUCGGGAUCUACUGCGCCUUCAAGUUCCACAACGACAGCGGGAUCGCCAACCUCUACAGCCUGCACUCAUGGCUAGGCAUCGGGACGAUCUCCCUGUACGGCAUCCAGUGGGUGUUCGGAUUUGUGACCUUCUUCUUCCCCGGCAAGGCACCGAGCGUGAGACGCAGGGCGCUGCCGUGGCACGCGCUGUUCGGGCUCUUCGUCUACGUGCUGGCGCUGGCGACAGCGGAGCUCGGGUUCCUGGAGAAGCUCACCUUCCUGGAGAGCGGGGGCCUCGACAAGUACGGCGCCGAGGCGUUCCUGGUGAACUUCACGGCGCUCGUCGUCGUUCUGUUCGGCGCGUCAGUCGUAAUCACCGCCGUCACGCCGGCGCACGAUGAGGCACCGCAGGGCUACGAGCAGAUUCCGGUCAACUAAAGAGGGUGUAACUGAAGGGAAAUAUUCAGAAAAGUGCCGCUGUGCUCAGUUUGAACGAUGACAUCAGGCGUCUGGCUUAAGUCUGAAAAACAUCCGGAUUUAUGUGUAAAUCUGGAGCACUUGAUAAUUGAACGCUCUUCUUUUUUCUUUCUUUCUUUGAGAUGGUAGUUUGAACACUCUUCUGGUCCUCGGGUGUGCUAGUGCUAGCAAAUGCAAUAAAACCUCUCGUUUCCA